AUGACCGAGCAGGAUACCGGUUCAGUACCGCAGACCAGUUUAUUGCAAAAAGUUGAGGCAUUGAAUUAUCAUAAUUAUCAAUUACUCAUCAACCCCAAACAUAAACAAUCGGAUACGAUCAAGCAUUUUAAAGAUCAGAACAUAUUUCCAAUAUCUAAAUCAUCCUUAAAUAGAUGGAUCUCAAAUGAAGGGAAUAUAAGAGAAGAAUGCCUAAAACUAUCUGACAAAACAAAAGGUAAAACGAAAACCCGUAGGCCGCAUAACACAGCUACAGGUAAACUAUUGAAGUUUUUUGAGAAUAACAACGUAAUGAAAUGCUUGAAAGUAUAUUAUCUACAACAUUUGAUAGUUCAACCAGACAGUGUACCCCUGGAGAGAGAAUUACGAGCUAAUUACAAAGAGAUUAAACAAUUGUUUGAUACCAAGGACUUAGGAAAUGAUGCAUUACUUGAUGAUUCUUCGUGGCCUCAAACAUUUAUGCAAUCUUUAGAGUCACAAGUUGAAUCGAUUAAACAAAACUUAACACAGCAGGCAGAAAUCCAAAAAAAGUCAAAGAGUCUACUGGCCGAGAGAAACAGACUAAGGAAUACUCUUCAUGAAUAUAAGACGAGUGAAAUAUAUCAAUUCAACGAACUAUUAUUUGAUAUCAAUAAUUUGUAUGAUUUAACAGAUUUUAACAAUGACAAAAUAUACACCAAUCCUGUGGAUAAUGUUAACCUUACUGGUGAUAUGAGAACGAACAAAACAAUUAGUUUGGGGAUAUGCUGCAAUUUAGAUGGUAAUGAUUUCAUUGAUCCGUUAAUAAUUUCAAAUUUGUCUAAUAGCAAAAAUACGUAUAAAAAUAACUCAACAAACCAGUAUUAUUAUAACCCGGAAGGUUUGAAUACACGAGAAAUAUUUAGGGAUUUCUUGACUACAUGGAAUACUAAGCUAUCAAUCGAGAACAAGAAGAUUGCUUUGGUGUUGGACACAUAUUUAUGUCAUUUUGGCUUAUUAUAUGAGUUCUCUAAUAUUAAUUUUGUAUUUCUUAAUUCAAAGUUUGACAAAACCACGUCGUAUUAUCAUAGAACUCAAUUAAAACUACCAUUCUCAUUUGGGCUCGAAAGAUUGGUGAAGUGCAAAUUGAAGUUGAGCUUGUUUAAGAAGUUCUACAAAAGGAAUAUACCUUUGGACCGGUUCGACGGAAUGGAUAUAAUUAACAAUGUCAAAACCAACUAUAAUUUAAUUAUGGAUGCAUUUAAAAGUGAAAAAUGCAUAUGCUUUUUGCAGCUUGGCGUAACAGCGUCAAGGAUUAUUGAUGAAAUCGAAAUUGCAGGAGAAUUUGAGAACGAAGAUUUAUCUAGUCAAAUUACAGACGGGAAUAUUGAUGUCAUUAAUUCAAAAACAUCACAAGCUAAGGAGAAAGAUAAACCAUUUAAUAAACUAUCUAACUACAUCAACUCAAUUAUUCCUGAAAAAUUUAACUCUAUUCACUUUUCUGAAAUUCAUAAAGUGCUAAUUUUCAAAGAUGACGAGAAGCAAUUGUUAAAUUUUGUUAAAACAAUUACAAAAUCAAUAAUUGAAUCGAAUCCUGGGGAAGAGUUCAACUACCGUCAAUUACAACAAAACAUCUUACAUGAGUUUACCAUAGGUCACAACGAAAAAAAAUACAACCAACCGUAUUCUUUGAACGGUAUUGUGGGCCAUAUAAAACUUGAUUUGGAACACCAAGAACAGCUCAAAUCAUCAUACGAAACAAAAGCUGUGUCAUCCGAUUUCAAGCAGGAACUAAAAAUCGAUAACUUCUUAUUAAAUACCGUACAACCAUUCCUAUCGAAGUUUUCCCACAGACGUUUCUCAGAACAUAGCUCUGCAACCCAGACACACGUUGGUGAUCUAAUCAAUAUCUCACCCAAAACAAUGAAUCUCUUCAAUCAAUUCUACAUAUCCUAUGUUAAUGAUACUACAAUAAUCAAACCAAAACUUAAUCCCGCGAAACGGCAAUUAAAACUCAAUGAAUCCGAAAAAAAGCGAUUUAAACUGAGAGAACUCAUAAGCGAUGAUAGUGAUGAUAGUGAAAGUGAACUGGAUUCCAAUUUGCCGCAAAGGAAAAAUUCUGCUAUCUCUAAUUACUCUAUCACUUCUCAGUCUUCUCGUUACAGAGAUAACUUUUCUGAUUCGGAUUAA